GCCGGAGCGGGCUCGGGUGAAAUUGCCUCGAAGACUUCGAAACGAUUUUCUCUCUCGCGGACGAGAUUUUUCUCGGAUUUUCCUUCUCUCCGCUACUACACCUCAUCCCAUGACUUCCACCACGGACACCCGCCACCAUCGGCGCCGUCCCGCCGGCCCUAACCUUUCCCGACUCCUCCAUGCCGCCUCCACCAACAUAAACUCUCUCGUAUCCCCAAAACCACCGUCUCCGCCGCGACCCUCAUCGAAAAUCCACCUCCCUCUCCUCCUCCCGGACCCGUUUCUCUCACUCGUUUCACCGUCCGCUUCGACUUCCACCGAAUUAGCUUCCCAGAUGCGGUCAAAAUCCCCGCUGUCUCCCUCGACGGUCAAGGACGUGCCAUCUCCGGACACCAGGUCGAGGUUAUCGUCAUCGAUGCAAAUCUCGACCGGGAAAGGCGGUGGACCAGCUUUUGUCGGCCAGGUUUUCAGCAUGUGUGACCUUACCGGCACUGGUUUGAUGGCCGUGUCCACUCAUUUUGACAUCCCUUUUCUAUCCAAAAGAACACCAGAGUGGCUAAAGAAGAUCUUUUCUGCAGUCACUAAAAGUGAAAGAAAUGGUCCUGUAUUUCGUUUCUUCAUGGAUUUGGGCGAUGCUGUUUCUUAUGUAAAACAGCUCAAUAUACCAAGUGGGGUGGUUGGUGCUUGCCGUCUUGAUAUUGCAUAUGAGCAUUUCAAGGAGAAGCCUCACCUGUUUCAGUUUGUUCCAAAUCAAAGACAGGUCAAGGAAGCCAACAAGCUUUUGAAAAACUUGCCGCAGAACGAUGAGAGAAUGAAAGUGGACGGUGUUCCUGUGUAUACUCCUUACUUUUUUGACAAAAACAUGCUGGAUAAUAUUCUAGAAGAUUCCAUGGAUCAACAUUUCCAAGCAUUAAUUGAAACUCGACACUUUCAACGUCAUGGGGAUGAUAGUAUUGACGACAGUCUCACUGCCGAGGCUGUUGAAGAGAUGGGAGAGAGCAUGUGGGACCCUCCAGAGGUCCAGGAAGUACUAGAUGAAGUGGGUUAUCCUACUAUACCACUGAGCAUCAUUUCAAAGGCUGCUGAGAUACAACUUAUGUAUGCUGUUGACAAGGUUCUUCUCGGAAACAGAUGGAUGCGGAAGGCCACUGGAAUUCAACCCAAAUUUCAGUACAUGGUUGACUCGUUUGAGAGAAAGAGCACAGCUUCUUUAUUGAGAGCCCAAAAUCGGUCUCGCCUAAUUUCAAACACUGGAUUUGUGGAAGAUGCCCAACUUCAGAGUCCUGCUACUUUAGAAGUGGAAGGGAAGGACAAAAAUCACGAUAAACAAGGGAAGACUCCAAAUUUCCAGUUCCCUUUCGGAGAUUGGUUUGCUCACCCUUUCUCAAAAGAACAAGAAAAUCAGCAGAACCUUUUAGACACAAGAGAUUCAAAUUCGACCCGACAACACAGGGGACGAGAGGCACAAUCAUCUCCAUUCAUCCCCAAGAUAACCAUGGUAGGUAUCUCGACUGGGGACCCAGCAAAGAUGAGCAAGGCCACUUUAAAGAAGACAAUGGAUGAUUUGACGAAAGAGCUAGAGAAAAUCGAGCAUGCAGAGCAGAAUGACUCGUCUAGUAACGACCAUACGUUUGAUGAUGAGAGGGAUCCACUGUUUGUGGCCAAUGUCGGGGACUAUGGUUCAAGAACUGGACCGGGCAGGUGGGUUAGAGGGGGAUCUAUAUAGGUUCAGAACUCUUUUUUUCUUCUCCUUUAUGGGAAUAUAAUUGCGUGAAGUACUCAGUGAGGUUUCGACUAAUUUCCAAAAGAAAAAAGAAAAUGCUUGAAGGUUUUUGUGUGUUACAAGAAUAUCCAUAGGUAGGUCAAGGUGCAAUUUGUAAAACAGAAAUAUAUGUAUGAAAGGGAGUUGAAUCCUCUGUUUAAACUAGUUGUAGACAUUCUUUCUAAGAAUAUUAUUAUUUGGAGUAAUGCUAAAACCACCAUUUUUCGGGGGGCAAAUUAGUUUAACUGCUUAGUUCGACGCUAUUGUAUGCAUAUCCCAUUAGUCG